UAUACAGUACAUAUAGAGCUUAUUUGUUUUUUUUUAAAAAGGUAACUUGAACCGGAAAGGACGUCCUGUUUACGAAAUUCAAGCUAAAGUUCAGGCUAAGUUCACUACGCUAUCCGUGGUGCUGAGAACGCGAGAGUGGAAAGAAAGGUAAAGGAAGUCAUGGCUGUGUUGCCUUGGAGUGGAGGUCUGUUUCUACGCCCCCAGACGUUAUGUCCACACCCGCAAACUCUCCGAGAGCUUCACUUCAUUCACCGCCAUUAAGAAAGAGACAGGACACGCACCACAACCUACACACCAGAAAACCCCGCUAAACCCCGGACUGAGGUGAAAAGAUGGGUGUUAGUAUAUUUAACAUUACCGACUACGUUUGCUCUGAAAUGGACGGCUGAAUUUGUGCGAGAGAAGGUCAUGAUGAAGAUCCACAGUGGUGUAAGUGUACAAUCAGACCCAGGAAAGAUGGACUCUAACUUAAGCCUUGCUGUAUGUUUCGGCUAUGGCAAUAAGACGAAUCCGCAUGUGCAGUGUCCUUUCAAGCUGGCAGAGAUGGUGCUCAUUAUCCUGGGAUUGAGCUCUUUGAGUCUGCUUACAGUUAUCGGCAAUGUUCUGGUCAUUGUCUCCAUCAAGGUCAAUAAGAGCCUCCAGACAGUUAAUAACUACUUCCUCUUCAGCUUAGCAUGUGCAGACCUCAUCAUCGGCGUGUUUUCCAUGAACCUCUAUACAAUCUACAUUGUGAUUGGCUUCUGGCCUUUAGGGCCUGUCAUCUGUGACCUGUGGUUGGCUCUCGACUAUGUGGCGAGCAACGCCUCCGUCAUGAAUCUCCUCAUCAUCAGCUUUGACCGCUACUUCUGUGUCACCAAGCCGCUUAGCUACCCAGUCAAGAGAACGACCAGGAUGGCGGGUAUGAUGAUCGCAGCCGCCUGGAUCUUGUCCUUUGUCUUGUGGGCUCCAGCCAUCCUCUUCUGGCAGUUCUUCAUGGGUGAGCGCACUGUGCCCAAAGCCGAAUGUUACAUUCAGUUCUUUUCCAAUGCUGCGGUCACUUUUGGCACGGCCAUCGCUGCAUUCUACCUGCCUGUGGUCAUCAUGAGUGUGCUGUACUGGCAGAUCUCCAGGGCUAGUCGCAGCCGAGUCAAAAGGAGAGACUGUCACAAGACGUCUGGGGUUAGUCAGGAGGGCAGGACUCAGGCCACUGUCUUGGCCACUGAAGAGAACAGAGAAAGGAAGAAAAGCAAGGAAGCAGACGGUUUGCAAGUACAGCACAUUUGUUCCAGCACUAUUAUAGGUGAGGACAAGGAGAGUGAAAAUGACUCCACAUCAGGCAGUGUCUUGGCUUCAUCCAGUCCGAAAGAGGACGCGGUUUCUAAUGGUGACGUUAAGAGUGCUCAAACAAAGACUCUGCCUCAAGUAAAAACAAGUUGUGCCAAACUUACUUUUUUGAGAAUUCCAUCGCAAGAGACCAUAGGUAACAGUCCAAAUCAGAACAACAGCCAUCACAAGGAGAGACAGAGUCUGGUGGCUCUGAUCUUCAUGCCUCCGAACAAGAAAAAGAGGAAGAAUGGGAGCUACAGAGAGAGGAAGGUUACAAGGACUAUCAUGGCUAUUCUUCUGGCCUUUGUGAUCACAUGGACCCCUUACAAUGUCAUGGUGCUGAUCAACACUUUCUGCUCUCGCUGCAUCCCUAACUCCAUGUGGGUGCUGGGCUACUGGCUUUGUUACAUCAACAGCACGGUUAACCCCGCCUGCUAUGCCCUGUGCAAUGCCACCUUCAAGAACACCUUCAAGAAGCUGCUGUUGUGCAAGUACAAAAACAUUCGCACAGUCAGAUAAAACAUGCAUGUUUUUUACAUGAAGUUAUUGAGUUUAAUGUAAGAUUUUGGUUCCAUAUCCAAAAAUCUCUGAGCACUCUUGCUGGAUCAGAAAAACAGAAAACAGUGAUGGCAUUAAUAUGCCCUUACACCAUGAGGGGCAUGUCACAUUCAAGUCACGUUCAGAAUGUGGCUUGGAAGUGAACAGGGCUGAAAAGCUGGAGGUACCCAGCGGAAACAAUUACAGCUUUGUAAAGGUUGUGUCAGUAUGACUUUAAAUAAAGCUAGAGCUUUGUUACGAAAAACAAGAGAAACCAAUAAUCAUUUAAGAUCAUAAUUCGAACCAGAACAAGUUGAUGAGAUUGGUCAGUCAAUUAUUCCUUCAUUCAUCUUCAGUAACCGCAUUAUCCUGGUCAGGGUCGUGGUGGAUCUGGAGUCCAUCACGGGACCACUGGGCAUGAGGAAGGGAUGCCAGCAGGGCACCAGCUCACACACAUAUGGGGGGAAACCCACAGAGCCAUGAGGAGAGCAUGCACAGACAGUAGCCCGAGUUUAGGAUGGAACCAGGGAACUGGAGCUGAGAGGCUGCAAUGCUACCCACUGCACCCACCGUGCUGCUACAGUCCAUACACUUAUUCAUAAAUAAAGACUCUCAAGCCUUGACCUAAUGCAUGUAAUGUAGUAUAGCACUAUUCUAAGAUAAAACUCUGAUGAUAAAUAAAAAAUGCCAUGCUUUGCUCUAUGAAUUAAUGCAUACAGUGUUUAUGGUUAGGUUUCUAGUUUCUGUGAAAAAACUAAUAUCUUUAUGUGUUAAAAACCUGUAUGACCAUUAUACCCUUAAAAUAUACUUCAAACAUGAAGGAAGUUAUUGGAGAUAAAGUAUUUCAGACAUUUGACCUUGCUGUUAUUUUGACCAUGUUUGGAACAAUUCCAAAAUAUCUGGUCAGUUCACCUGCUGGUGAUAGUGAUAAUUAAAUGUAAAUCCCUCAAACAUUCAACCACCUGUUCUUGAGAUAUCAUGCUAACAUAUGAUGCCUCCCACACUCACUGGCUGAGGCAUAAAAAAUUGUCCGAAGAAGCAUUUAAGCAAGAAAUGUUAAUUGUGUAAGUUCAGUUAGUUAACAAAAACAAAACAUUUAUAUCUUCCUAUGUAAGAGCUCCUAUGUUACGUGUACGUCUUCAAACUGUAUAAUUAGAUGAGUUACUACAAUUUUAUAUAUGGAUUAUGUUAACAAGUUUAACACCACUUAUUUAUUUUAAUUCCACACACAAAUUUAUUGAAAAAUUCUAUGAAACUCAAUUGUUUCAUAUUAUGACUUGAAAGAAAGCAAUCCAAAAUAUAUCCAUGCAUUUAGACAAAUAAGAUCAGGCCUUUAAAACUAAUAGUACGCUAUAACAUUAGUUAGAGUGUGUCUGUGGUAGCCCAUGUGCUGCUAUGGCUGAGCUGCAUUACUGGAAGAUUUAGUGCAUGCUGCAAUUACAGCGUUUCCCUCAGUGCAUUUUUCCUUUAAUGGAGUUUUGUGGACGUUACUAAAUGUAACUUGGCCGUGCCAUGAAACGCGUUACACUUUAAAGUUGAUUGGCAUUUAUAAACAUAUGCAUGCGAGUACGAAGGAAAACAGCAUUACUGAAACGUUUGUAAAUAUGCUGGGGAUUUUUUUGUUCGGUUUGGCGUACACAAGAAUAUUUUACACACACUUUACUAAAAGUAUGAUAAAUGAGGCCCAUUGAUGUUACACGCUGAGAACUCCUGGAGAUUCUGAACAUAUUUAGCUUUGAUGCGUCGGUCAGUGUGUAAAUCCUUGAAUUAUUUGAGCUUGGAAAUCCUGGGCUCAGCUGGGCAUGGAUAAGUAGGUCUAAAGACAAAAAAAAAAGUUUGGAUAAAAUUACAUUUUAAAUAAAUAAUAUAUUUAUUUAUUUUUACAUUCAAAUCAUCCAAUGCAAAUGCAAAGUGGUAAACAGUGCAAGUGUGUGCUACCAAAGCCAAAACGACUUUUCACAGAUUGUGAAGUGGAGGGAAAGGACAAUCCUGAUUUACCUGCUCACUACCAUGGUGUUGUGCAAUUAAAGUGAAUAGAUGAGUUGCGAGUUGACAAUCGUGUCACAACUGUUCAAAUACAGACAGAUCUGUGCAUGUAUAGUCUUAAGUCUGCUCAGCUUGCCUACAUUUACAUUUUGUACACGGUGCUAACAGCAUACAGGUUUGGAAGCUACUACCUUGCACUGUAACAUGGAUUAAUAACCACCAAGUUUCACAAGCUCAUUCUUCUGAACUGUUCUUGUUAAUGUUUAUAACGUUCAUAUUACACCUGUAAAAGAUAAGAGAUGCACCGAUGUAUCAUCUGAUAACCCGUAUCAGCCG